AACACUAACACAUUAGCCUGUGGUUUUAACCGUUGAAUCCUUUUAUUUUUUUCAUUCAGUGCUAUCCAUGUAUCUUCUUAUGCUUGACUCUUGGUUAACGGAAACUGAAAAUGGCCCUUCAGCUAUGCUAGGUCUAUAAUGGGAAGUGUCACAGUUCGGUAUUUCUGUUAUGGAUGCCUUUUUACGUCUGCAACCUGGACAGUUUUGCUUUUUGUUUAUUUCAACUUCAGUGAAGUGACUCAGCCACUUAAGAAUGUGCCCAUCAAGGGGUCUGGGCCCCACGGACCAUUCCCCAAAAAAUUUUAUCCCCGUUUCACUCGAAGUCCAAGUCAAGUAUUAGAAUCACAAUUCAAAGCAAACAAAAUUGAUGAUGUGGUAGAUAAUCAUAUUGAAGAUCCAGAAAAAGGCAACAUGAAAUUCUCUUCUGAAUUGGGUAUGAUUUUUAAUGAACGUGAUCAGGAGUUGAGAGACUUGGGGUAUCAGAAACAUGCCUUCAAUAUGCUUAUUAGUAACCGCUUGGGCUACCAUAGAGACGUGCCGGAUACAAGGAAUGCAGCAUGUAAAGACAAGUCUUACCCGACGGAUCUGCCAGUCGCUAGUGUUGUUAUUUGUUUCUACAAUGAAGCCCUGUCUGCCUUGCUCCGGACGGUGCACAGCGUCCUCGACCGCACACCAGCCCGGCUUCUUCACGAAAUUAUCCUCGUGGACGACGACAGUGACUUCGAUGAUUUGAAAGGAGAACUAGAUGAAUACAUCCAAAAAUACAUCCCUGGGAAAAUUAAAAUAAUAAGAAAUACCAAGCGUGAGGGAUUGAUUCGAGGAAGAAUGAUCGGAGCAGCCCACGCAACAGGAGAGGUCCUGGUGUUCCUGGACAGCCACUGUGAAGUAAACGUGAUGUGGCUGCAGCCCCUGCUGGCCGCCAUCCAGGAGGACGGGCAGAUGGUGGUGUGCCCGGUGAUCGACAUCAUCAGUGCUGACACACUCGCCUACAGCUCGUCCCCUGUGGUGCGGGGAGGAUUCAACUGGGGGCUGCACUUCAAGUGGGAUCUUGUUCCGCUCGCUGAGCUCGGGGGGCCAGAAGGAGCUACUGCGCCAAUAAAGUCACCGACAAUGGCUGGAGGAUUGUUUGCCAUGAACAGAAACUAUUUCAAUGAACUUGGACAGUAUGACAGUGGCAUGGAUAUCUGGGGAGGGGAAAACUUAGAAAUAUCAUUUCGGAUUUGGAUGUGUGGAGGGAAACUCUUCAUCAUCCCUUGCUCUAGAGUCGGACACAUUUUCCGGAAAAGGCGACCAUAUGGUUCCCCUGAGGGCCAGGACACCAUGACACACAACUCCUUGAGGCUGGCACAUGUCUGGCUAGAUGAAUACAAGGAGCAGUAUUUUUCCUUAAGACCUGAUCUGAGGACCAGAAGCUAUGGAAAUAUCAGCGAGCGUGUUGAACUGAGGAAGAAGCUAGACUGUAAAUCAUUUAAAUGGUACUUGGAUAAUAUUUACCCAGAGAUGCAGAUAUCUGGGCCCAAUGCCAAACCCCAGCAACCCAUUUUCGUCAAUAGAGGGCCAAAACGCCCCAAAGUCCUUCAGCGUGGAAGGCUCUAUCACCUCCAGACCAACAAGUGUCUGGUGGCCCAGGGCCGCCCAAGUCAGAAAGGAGGCCUGGUGGUGCUUAAGGCGUGCGACUACCGUGACGCCAGUCAGGUCUGGAUUUAUAAUGAAGAGCAUGAGUUGGUUUUAAAUAAUCUCCUUUGCCUGGAUAUGUCAGAAACCCGUUCAUCGGACCCACCACGGCUCAUGAAGUGCCACGGGUCAGGAGGAUCCCAGCAGUGGACCUUUGGGAGGAAUAAUCGACUGUACCAGGUGUCAGUUGGACAGUGCCUGGGAGUGGCUGAUCCGCUGAGUCACAGAGGCUCUGUUGCCAUGGCAAUCUGUGAUGGCUCCUCCUCGCAGCAGUGGCACUUGGAAGGUUAAGGUUGGUGCCGUGUCUGGAGUGGUUUGUCCUGCUCGCCCGCAACGUGGAGAUGCCUGGGGAGAUCAGCAGAGGUGAGACAGCAUACGCAGUAGAGAUUGGAGGGCCAGAUGACCACCAGGAGGUGAAGAAGUGUGUUUCUCCAGGACGUUCAGGUCCUCUCCGAGCUGCUGUUAAGAAAUUUCUUGCUUGUGGUAGGAAACCAGAAUACAGUUUUAACUUUUUGAAGAGUCAGGUUUGUACAGGAUAAAGCCCAGGAAAUUGACAUGUCUGUUCAAAGUUAUUUAUGCUUCUUUUUAAUCCUCUUUGAUAAUGGAGUAGCGUCUGUCUCAUCAGGAACUUGUCAUGAUUUCCUUUCUUAGAACAUUUCAUAGGUGACAGUUUUAUUUUUAUUACCAUGUUCUAAAUAGUUUUAAUUAAAAUGAAUCCACAUUACUUUUAACUUCAGAAGGCAUCAUUUAUAAGAUUAUAUUUAAGAGGCAGUUAGCUAUUAUAAAUUAUUUUGAUGAAUUAUGGUAUUAUCUACAUUUACAAUAAAGGAGCCUUUUGAUUA